AUGACAACAAGUUCAGAUAUUCUUGUAAAAUUAGCACAAGAAAAUUCUACAUACGAAGUUGAAAAUAAUUCUACGAACGUAGAUAAUAAAAACUUACAAACAUCAGAGAUAUCGACAUAUUCUAGUAUAUUUAAAAAUUUAAAUUAUAGUGAAAACAAUAUUUUAUCAUUAAAUAGUCCUAUUUUAUCUGUAUCUCCUACUAUAUUUUCUAAAGAACAAUCUACUAUAGAUUAUGAUAUUUCAACAUCUAUAACUGCAGAAGAAUUACAUAGUCUUAUAAUUCAAGGUGAUAAAGUAUUGGCAGAUAAUUUUUUACGUUUAUUUAUGCAAUCUCCAAUUUUAACGGAAAAUUUAUCCCGUAUUCUUAUUAAAAAUACUGAGGUUGCCAUGGAACGUCUUAAAUUAAUGCAAUUAAAUAAUGAACGUAGUUUAAGUAAUUAUUCUUCUGGAUUUUCAACACCUAUAUCUGGUCAAACAAUUUUUGAACAAUCACAAUGUAAUUCACCUUCAAUUGAAAUUGAACCAUCAAUUACAAGUGACACCUCCAGUGAAAUGAGUUUAUAUGAAGAAGCUGUUAAUGAAGUUUUAAUGGAAAGUACAACUCAAGUAACGCAACAUGAAUAUGAAGCUAUUUUAGGAAUGUUACAGCUUAAAAACUCUAGUAAUUAA